UAUUCUAUUUUUAGCACAUCUGUACUACACAUGUGUAAUAUUGUCGAAUAAAUUAAAUGGCUGAUAUCACCCUGCGGCUUCUUUUGGUCAGUAGAUCAGCAACGCCUCUAAUCAAUAAUAUAAAUGUUAUAUUUAUAACUAUCUAUCGGGAUUAUAUACAUGUACGUACAAACGGUCUAUCUAGAUAAGACAGGUAUCACAAGCACUCGUACGUGGAGUGUGAGAUAGAGAUCUACAUUAACGGGCCGCACUCACGCGUGUGCACUAUAAGUGCUAAAUACAGGGUCGCCGUGUGUUUCAUUAGCCUUUCAAGUGCACAUAUUGGAAGCGAAAUAUAAAUUCUGUGAUAACACAUACGAAUCGGCAACAUGGCAGCACACUAUAGCAAUGUUGGGCGUGAGAUCAAAUCCGUCGGCUUCUCCCUAUACUCAACCGAGGAAGUGAAGAAGCUCAGUGUAGUCAGGAUCACCAACCCCAUCUUACUUGAUCACAUGCAACGUCCUACGUUAUUCGGAUUGUAUGAUAAACGUAUGGGACCCAUUGAACGCUAUGAGAAGUGUGAGACCUGUACGCUAAAUAUCGACAACUGCCCAGGUCAUCCGGGACAUAUUGAACUGCCCCUACCAGUGUACAAUCCGAUCUUUUUCGUCACAAUGUUCCAAGUAUUACGGUCUACGUGUCUAUACUGUCAUCAACUGAAGGAGAGCCCCAUUCAAGUAGCCGUGUUACGCGCACAGCUGCGUCUGCUGAAGCACGGCCUGAUCAAAGAGGCCAAAGAUCUGGAACACCGGUCCGAACUUUCCAAUGGAGGUGCAGCCAGGGCAUUUGUUGGGGACAUGCCCCCACUCGAUGUUGGGGACAUUGACCUGACCACGGAGGAGACCAGUGUGAUGUCGUUCAUCCGCAAGUACGUGGCAGAUGCACGCAGCGCCAACGGUGUACACCCCACAGACGAUAACCCCAAAGUCACCACCACACACGCACACGACGAGCGACGUCGCUUGGUCAAAGCAUUCCUGCAACGAUGCGCGACCAUGAACGCGUGUAAAAGCUGCAGAGGAAUCUCUCCAUCACUGCGAAAGGACGGCGCAUCAAAGGUAUUCCGAUUGCCACUCGCCACAAAGAACAAACGCUCAAUGGAGGCCAAGAAACUCAAGAUCUCCAUUCCCAAGUACGACGAAGAAGGCAAUGAGAUUGUGGAUAAAGAGAAAGUAUUCGAAGCCGAGGACAGUGACGUAGAUAGUGACGAUGGCGAUGGAAACACAGUGGUGCCGGACAAACCUGUCCGAGAGGAUGUCCAAGUGUAUAUGUCACCGGUUGAGGUGCGUAGCCAUAUCCGCAAAAUGUGGUCCCUGGAGCGGAGAGUCAUGGACCUCAUCUUUGGUUCGGUUCGGGCCGGCAAAGGUUCUUCCAAUAAAAGGGUGUCCACAGGUGAUAUGUUCUUUCUGUCGGCUGUGCCUGUGCCACCCUCUAAGUUCCGACCUGCGUCGAGAAUGGGAGAGAAGACGUACGAGAACGGACAGAAUGUAUUUUUUGGGAAUAUACUCAAGCACUGUGUGGCACUGAAUGAGCUUAGCAAUGCUAAAGGCCCGGAUGGCAAGCCGGUAGAAAACAGCGUCAACCUGGUGGGCUAUCAGUCGCUGUGGUUGAGUAUUCAAAUGGAGAUUAACGGACUCAUGGACAUGACCGUGACCUCCAAACGCGGCGACAAGGACCCCCCCGGCAUCAGACAGCUGCUGGAGAAGAAGGAAGGAUUAUUCCGCAUGCACAUGAUGGGCAAGCGAGUCAACUUUGCGUGUCGGUCUGUGAUCUCGCCCGACCCGUACAUCGGCACUCAUGAGAUGGGAAUCCCUCUAGUGUUCGCCCUCAAACUCACCUUCCCUGAACCAGUCACGGCGCAUAACAUCGCCGACAUGCGCGAGGCCGUUAUCAACGGACCUGAGCAACACCCCGGAGCCACCCACGUGGAGAUGGAAGACGGUAGCAUCACCAAUCUCUCGGCACUCAACAGCGACAAACGUUUGGCCUUAGGAAACAUGCUGCUCACCCCGCCCGAGAGUGGCCUGGGUGUGAAGAAUGUCAACAAGAAGGUGUGGCGACACAUCCGUACGGGCGAUUGGGUGUUGGCGAAUCGACAGCCGAGUCUGCACAAACCGUCCAUCAUGGCCCAUCAGGCGCGGGUGCUGUCGGGUGAAAAGACUCUGCGCAUGCACUACGCCAACUGUAACACCUACAACGCCGAUUUCGACGGAGAUGAGAUGAAUGUGCAUUUCCCGCAGUCGCAAUUCGCGCGGGCAGAGGCGCAACUCAUUGCUAACACAGACAACCAGUACUUGGUUCCUACCAGUGGCAAACCCCUGCGAGGUCUGAUCCAGGAUCACGUAGCCUCCGGAACAGUCCUCACCUCUCGCGGUACCUACCUGACCAAAGAACAGUACCAGCAGCUCCUCUACAGUGCUUUCCCCAAUGUCGCCUGCCGUAUUGAGACUGUACCCCCCUGUGUGGUCAAGCCUAGACAGCUGUGGUCCGGAAAACAGGUGAUCACCAGUCUGUUGAAGAACAUCUGCAUGAAGGGCAGGACAGAUGAACAAAGCCUCAACCUCACCAGCAAGAGUAAGGUGCCCGGGUCAAUGUGGGGCCCGCACGCCUUGGAUGAGGACAAACUGCUUAUACACCGCGGCGAGUUGCUGAGAGGUGUACUGGACAAGUCCCAAUUCGGUGCCACCGCCUACGGUCUGGUGCAUUCGUGUCAAGAGCUCUACGGCGCCGAGAUCGCCGGUAAGCUACUCACAGCGUUUGGCCGUCUAUUCACACACUUCCUGCAAACACGUGGUCUAACCUGUGGGUUAGCCGACCUCACUCUGCAACCCGAGGCCGAUAAAAGACGCCUGGAAUUGCUCAAGCAAGCCCAGACAGCGGGUGUGGAGGAGAUUAGUAAGUUUGUGGGCCUGACGCCUGAGAGUGACCUGACGGACAUCCAGGAAGGGCUGGCCAAAGUCUACCAGUCCGAUGCUGCCAUGGCUGGUCUGGAUAACGCCAUGAAGUCCCGACUGAACACGCUGAGCAGUGAUGUCAUCGCCACAUGUCUGCCCGACGGAGCGUACAAGGCAUUCCCCCACAACAACCUGUCGCUGAUGAUUACAUCCGGUGCCAAGGGAUCACCCGUCAACAGCUCACAGAUCUCCUGUCUGUUGGGUCAGCAGGAACUCGAGGGUCGGCGUGUGCCUGUCAUGGUGAGUGGGCGUUCGCUGCCGUCUUUCCUGGCCCACGAUGUGAGUGCGCGUAGUGGUGGGUAUGUGAUGGGACGGUUCUUGACGGGCAUUAAACCGCAGGAGUACUACUUCCAUUGCAUGGCUGGUCGUGAGGGUCUGGUAGACACGGCUGUGAAGACGGCUCGUUCCGGGUACUUGCAGAGAUGUCUGAUCAAGCAUUUAGAGGGCCUGCGCCUUCACUACGAUCUCACAGUACGAGACAUUGACGGGGGCAUUGUGCAGUUCAACUACGGCGAGGAUGGCAUCGACGUCACCAAAGUGGCGUACAUGAAAGAGUUCGACUUCAUGGCCAAGAACCAAAACGCUCUUCUCAGCAAGUACGACCCAGUAGCCGCCAGUACUGUCAUGAACACGUCCAAGGCAGUCAAGCUCACACACAAGCUGCACAAAGCGUUUAAAAAGGACAAGAACGCUAUAGUAGACCCCGUGCUGUCCCAUCUGCGCCCAGAUAAGUACUUGGGAUCCGUCAGUGAACAGUUUGAGAAGGACUUGUCCACGUACGUUGCUAAGCAAGAAGACCAGCAGUCUGCGGCGAUGUUCCGUACGCUGAUGUUCAUGAAGUACAAAGACGCGUUAGCCGAUCCAGGGGAGGCUGUGGGUCUGUUAGCAGCACAGAGUGUGGGCGAACCUUCCACACAGAUGACGCUCAAUACCUUUCAUUUCGCAGGUUUCGGUGCCAUGAACGUCACCCUGGGUAUCCCCCGUCUGCGAGAGAUUCUCAUGACGGCUAGUAAGAACAUCAAGACACCCGCCAUGACACUCCCGCUCAGACCCUUUGACACCUACGACAAGCACGUGAUGAGAGGCACCGACCUCAUGGCCACCGCCAAGCACCUGCAGUUGCAGCUGGGGCGGCUGGUCAUGUCGGAUGUGCUGUCCAAUAUCGAGGUGCACGACUGGGUCACAAACCGACAAGCGGGCGGCGAAACCAAACAGCGAUACAUGAUGUACAAGAUCAGGCUCGAGUUCAAUCCUGAAGUUAUUGCAGACAUGGACACGGCGAGAGUUAUAGAGGACAUCAAGUUCACCAUGGAGCGUCGCUUUGUGAAGAUGUUGGUGGCGAUGAUAGACAAGCACAUGAAGAAGGUCGACGCCAAUGUCACGGCAGCCGUCAAGAAGGCGGUUGUAGCGCAGGUGGAUAGUGACGACGUAAUGGACACAAAUGUGGGGCGUACAAAGGCGAUGACGCUGGGCAAUCAGGAUGAAGAGGAAGCUUACUCAGACGCAGAGAACGAAGAAGACAUGGACGCCACCACAGCACGCAACAACAAGAAGCGCACAGAAGCAUCAACCUACGACGACGACGACGACGACGAGGGGGUGGAAACUUCGGAUGAUGAAGGCGACGCGCAUGCGGGACCUUUAGCCCUGCUCCCAGACGAAGUAUCAGACGCCGAGUCGGAUUCCGGUCCUGAAUCCAUGGACCGAGCAGACAGAUACGACGCCCAGGAUGUGGAGAACUUUGUCAGGGCUCAGAGUGGGAAGGUGCACGCGUACAGGUUUGCUAAGAAUGCGAGCUGGUUUGAGGUUACGCUCAAGCUGCCGUCGACCCAACGGAAGCUGCUACUGCUGUCUAUGCUGGAAGUGCUGGUAGAGGACGUGGUUGUGCGCUCCACCGAAGGCAUCAAACGGUGCAUUGUACAGAACGAUGACGACAAGCCCCAUCUGCCGCCUAAACUGCAGACAGAGGGGGCCAACUUAAAGCAAAUGUGGGAGUUUUCAGAACUCACAAAUAUCAAUGAGCUGUACAGUAACGAUGUCUGCCAAGUGCUGGAAACGUACGGUGUGGAAGCGGCCAGGCAAACGAUUGUGAAUGAGAUUGCUGGCGUUUUCAAGGUGUAUGGUAUCUCCGUUGACCUGCGCCAUCUGUCUCUCAUUGCCGAUUAUAUGACGUUUGAGGGUGGUUACAAGCCCUUCAACCGUGUUGGAAUCGAAUCAAACACCAGUCCUAUGGCCCAGAUGAGUUUCGAGACCACGAUGCACUUCAUGCGCAGCGCCAUCGUGUCUGGUGCGACAGAUACCAUGGAGUCGCCGAGUGCGCGUCUUGUCAUGGGUCGGCUGGUAGAGGGUGGUACAGGCUGCUUUGACAUCCGGCAACCGUUGUCUGUGUCCAGACCGAUAGUGGAGGACACGGACGAAUAGCUGCAGAUUAUAAAUUUAUUAAAGAAAGAUCAUUUAGUCAUUAUAUCCCAG